AUGGAGAAACUCAACUCCGAAGACGGUCAGCUUUUUAUCAAGAACCUCGCCAGUUUCGUGCGCACUCACGAGAAGGCUUUGGCCAACGCUCUUCAACUAAGACGUCAGUCAGCUCCGUCCACCGGAUAUGCCUCCUCGACUUCAUCAAGCCUGGCAGCCGCUCUGUCCUUUGGCGCCCUCAAAUUCACUUCCCACAAUGUCAAGCCCGCCAAACUCACUCUAACCCCCCAUCACUUGUUCUAUCUCCUCUCUCAGUUCGAGGAACUCUCCAUCCCUGUAGGCUCGAUGAACGUGCGUCUGGAGAACAUACACAAUGACUCCUCCUCCUCAUACGUCUCGUUCUUGAAUCAACCGCGUCGUUCCCGUGGGGAUCGCGAUUCCAUACACUCCGUAUCUAGUGUUCGUAGCGUCAUGUCCGGGAUGAGCGCUUUGUGGUCUACCAUCGGCAUGGGCUCCAAAGAGACUUCCAAAUCCGAAAAGGCCAAGGCCGCUUUGGAGGUCGACCUCAAGUACCUAUAUUCUGCCUUCACUAAGAUCCCCUGUCUUCGCCUAGCCCCGGAUCACCGUGCCCGCCUCAUUCGUGGCUACGAGGAAUUUCCUCUGGAUACAGCCGUCCCGUUACACGCUUUCAAGAACCUCAGUGCCCUAGAAAUCAUCGAUAUUGACUUCCGCUCUUUCUACGGAUGGGACCGGCUCUCGGAACAGCUGCGCACGUUGACCCUGAAACGGGCUAAUUUGGAUGAUCCGGCUGAUCUGCUAACGAAGAUCGUUCUGGAUGACAUCGAUAAGCGCCGGCGACGUUCUUCUAAAUCUCAGCCGUCCCCAGUCCUAGGAGGUCAUAUCGGUGGCUCUACACCCCAGCCAGUGUACAAGUAUGACGCAAGCAAGCCAAGCUCAGCCCCGGGAUCUCCAGCUCCGGAUUCUAGCCUGGCGUCUAGUACCAGCCCCAAGGCCGUCCCGAUGAUGCGAGGUGCAUCUGAUGGUACUCAUGGACACCGACGUACAGGAAGCUAUUCACCUACACGCCCACCUACCGCUAGGCAGACGCGACAUUCUCGAGGGUACUCUGUCAACAAACUGGCUCGAUCAGGUUCCGGAAGUUCCAAUUCGAGUGAAGUGUCCUCAUAUGCCAACCGUAGUUCGUCGAAUCUCCUUGCAGGAGUGCUCCCUGUUACGAAAUGGCGGUUCCUGCGCCACUUGGGUCUGGCCGAUAACUCUUUAACAAGUAUCUCUGCGAAUGGAUUCACUCCCGUCGCCAACACACUACAUUCGUUGGAUUUGUCCUCAAAUCUUUUCUCUCAGAUCCCGGAAAGUUUGGCUUCGCUGGUCGCCCUGCGAGCGCUCAAUUUGUCCAACUGUAUGAUCGACUCCUUGCGAUCUAUUGCCAGAAACCCAUUGCCUGCCAUCACGGCCCUCAAUCUUCGAGGAAACCGCUUGUCAUCCCUUGCCGGGAUUGAACGACUUCUUUCCCUAGAACGACUCGAUCUGCGAGAUAACAAUCUGACUGAUCCUACCGAAAUAGCCCGACUGACCGGUCUCCCUGAAAUACGAGAGAUUUGGGUUUCGGGUAACCCUUUCACCAAAACUCACACUGGGCAUCGAGUUACCAUCUUUAAUCUGUUCCGCAGCACUCCUGGUUAUGCAGAAGACAUCAUCAUCGAUGCUUCAGGCCCUGGGUAUAGCGAGAGAAAACAAUUAGUUGACCGAGCCGCUGAACGCGAGGCUGCCCCUGUUGUUCGCUCAAUUGACCCCGAACCGGAAAGGACGGUAAGUAGAGUGCCAGGCCCAACACGUCAAGACACGCCGUCUAUCAGAGUGAUCGAUCGAGUGGAAGGCUCUGAACGUCGAAAAAAAAGUCAACGACGCCGCAUCAUUGACCCCUCCGGCAAGGAGUCAGUAACGGGAAAUGAAGUUUCCGGCACUAACCCUCAGGGCAGUCUGAUUCUUGGGUCCGUCUUUUCAGAUCCUUUCACAGAAACUGACGACAUGACCUCCAGACCGGCUCCUGUCACAUCCAGUGCUGAGCCAGUGAAGAAGAUUGUUGCAUCUACCACUCAGCGAGAUGGUGCUCGUGAGACUUUACCGGUUAUUCGCGAUCUUGAUUGGAAUGAUCCAUAUCGCCAAAAACUAGAAACUCUUAGACAGGACGUCAGCAACAGCAACUGGCUUGGUGUCCUGGGCGACGAGACUUGGCAGCAUAAGCAACAGAGCAUUUCAGUUCCUCGCACUGGAACUGGGUUUGACGCAUCUAUUAUGCGUCCUACUACUAUGAAUCGUCCUGGCAGCCAGUUGAUACUGAGCGGACAGACUUUGGGUUGA